CUCGGCGCGGUUCGGACGCGUCUUUGUGGCGCGGUUUAACCAGAUCGUGACUUGUUGCGAUGUUAGUGUGUAUAAGAAAUGAUUUAAGUGGUUUUUUUCCGUGUUAAAUUCAAUGUGAAAUAAAUGAACACACGAGUGAUUGCUGAGAUAAAAUGUACUGUUUUGGAUGAUGCUGUGAAUAGUUGAUGAUAGCGGAAUGAGGAGCGAGAGAUCUUGUUUCUGGUCCAUGCUUCAAGCUCUGGCCUUAUUGCCUACAAUGGCUUUGAAAGAUUCUCAAACUACAACAAAGAAGUUCUCAGAAGAACCAGCAUUUGAGAGACCUAUUGGCAAUCACACUUUCUUCCUAGGCAGAGAGGCGGUACUAGGCUGUGCUGUCACAAACCUUGGAAAACAUAAAGUGGGUUGGCUUCGAGCAGAGGACCAGACGGUUUUAACGAUGCAUGAACGAGCAGUCCUCGGGUCGAGGUAUGCGGUGAGCCUGGACGCGCCGAGGACAUGGCAAUUGCGUAUACGACCACUGCGAGCCGAAGAUCGUGGCUGUUACAUGUGUCAAAUUAAUACCCAACCAACAAUGACCUGGCAGAUAGGCUGCAUCGAUGUUUUUGUGCCACCGGACAUAGUCAGUGAUGACACAUCUGGGGACGUUUCUGUUCAGGAGCUAGAGAACGCCACCCUCACUUGCAAGGCCACUGGUCACCCUCCGCCAAAAAUCACAUGGAGGAGAGAAGACCAUGAACCUAUUCUGCUCAAGAAACCUUCCUCGAGAGAUUUUGAUAAAGUUGAAAGUUACGUGGGCAGCUCGAUGCCUCUAUGGCGUGUGGACCGGCGGCAGAUGGGUGCAUUCCUCUGCAUCGCUUCCAAUGACGUACCACCAGCUGUCAGCAAAAGGAUUACGUUAAACGUUAACUUUGCACCGACAGUAAAAGUGCCAAAUCAAUUGCUUGGUGCGCCGUUGGGCACGGACGUCAAACUCAAGUGCUACGUGGAGGCCUACCCUAACACUAUCAACUACUGGAUCAAGAAUAGAGGAGAGAUGUUACUGGACGGACCGAAAUACACAAUUAGAGAAGAGAAGACAUCUUACAAGGUGUCGAUGUGGCUGACCAUCAGGCAGUUCUCGAAGAGUGAUAUUGGGACCUACAACUGCGUCAGUACCAAUUCAUUGGGCAAGAGCGAAGGGACCUUAAGACUUUAUGAAAUAAAGCUGAAUUCAUACUCGGAGGAUUUCAGCAAUCAAAUAAGCGUCGCAGGAGGUCUCACCGAAGCAGCCAAAGGAAACUCCGAGGACAAAUUCCGUAUAGAGCGAACACUUCUGAUAAUGUUAUUUUGUAUAGUUUUCAUGUUAACGUAGUUUAUACCAUGUAAAUAAAAUCGUUAAAUCAUUUCUAUGCUUAAAAUAAUAAUUAAAUAAUAUUAUUUAAAUAUCUCUGUAAAUAUUAUUUGUAAGGUGUAAAAUUAAAGUGACAACGAUAUUAUAACAUUACAGAUUAAAACUCUUGUAACCGAAGUUUCGCUUAGAUUCGCCAAAUUGAAGUAUUGUUUACUAUUCAUUGUAAACUCAUCGCUCGAUUAUAAGACUGUUUACAACAAAUAAACUGAAAUUAUAAUCA